AUGGGACAAACUUCCUGGCAAGCUGUUGCAGAGCAAUACCAACGGCAGCGCACAUCUGCGAUACCAGUGCAAUGGGUUAUCCCACCCCAGAAAUUACAGGGACUUAAAGAGUCAACCACUCGAGUUCUUGAUGUGCUGUCAGAGCUGCUCCCGCAGCAUGUUUUACAGAUAACUCGCCACGGCGCAUCCGCUCUGGCCACCAAGAUAAGAGACCGGGAAUACACAUGCCUGCAAGUCACAGAGGCAUUUUGCCAACAAGCAGCAGUCGCGCAACAGUUGACCAACUGUCUCACGGAAAUAUUCUUCCAUGACGCUCUCAAGCAAGCUCGCCAGCUUGAUCACGUUCUUGAAACGACAGGGAAGCCGGUAGGACCAUUGCAUGGUGUGCCUGUGUCCGUCAAAGACCACUAUAACGUUAAAGGAUACCCAACUACUGCUGGAUACAUCUCAUAUGCCAAGAACGGCAUCAAAAAUGAAGACGCUCACAUUGUGCAAAUCAUGAGAAACGCAGGGGCUGUUCUCUACGCCAAGACGAAUAAUCCGCAGUGUAUGAUGGUCCUCGAAACGGUAAGUAACAUAUACGGACGCACUUUAAACCCAUGGAACACCAAUCUUGGUGCUGGUGGCUCUAGUGGAGGAGAGGGCGCUCUUCUCGCACAACGCGGUUCGCCGCUGGGGAUCGGGUCUGAUAUUGGAGGAUCAAUCAGGGUUCCUGCCGCGUUCAACGGUCUCUAUGGCUUUAAGCCAUCUGGGAAACGGGUUCCCACUGCCGGAUGGGAGUGUACCAUGACAGGUGCAGAGUCGAUCACCGCCGUUGCAGGGCCGAUGGGCCAUAGUAUCCAGGAUCUGGAGCUCUUUUUCCAGGUGGUUUCGGACUCGAAGCCUUGGUUGAAGGAACCUCUUCUUGCGAUGCCUUGGCAAUCACAGAUUGAAAAUCAUGGAGAUAAAAAGUUGAAGAUUGGGGUCAUGGUUUGUGAUGAGGUUGUACUGCCGCAUCCUUAUAUUACCAGAGUUUUGAAAGCGGUUGCAGAUCAGCUGGAACAGAAUGGACACGAAGUUUUUGGCUUCAAGCCCCAUGACCACAUGAGGGCAUGGGAUGACAUCCUGCUGCCGCUGUAUUUUACGGAUGGAGGUCUGGAUAUUAAGCAGACUCUUGCCGCAGGAGAGGAGCCCAUGCUCCCAUCUGCAAAGAAGCUGCUUGAUGAUCCCAAGAUUAAACAGCGGUCCAUACAUGAAGUCUGGAAGCUCAAUAUCGCUCGCGAUGUAUAUCGAACAGAGUACCUACAGAAAUGGGCCGAGACAACCAAGUCAGGCACCUCACACAAACCCAUGGAUGUUCUCAUUUGUCCGGUGGCGCCAUUACAAGGCACUCGUCACGACGUUAAGCCCUGGUGGGGAUACUGCGCACAAUGGAAUCUGCUCGACUACCCUAGCGGUGUGAUUCCCGUGGGUAAGGUCCUAGAGACUGACUUGUAUCCUGACGAAUACAAGCCUCUGAGCGAGCUGGACAAGGAGAAUAUGUUGCUUUAUGAUAAUGGACUCUACAGGGGAAUGCCAGUCUCUGUUCAAGUAGUUGGCUUACCGUAUCAUGAUGAAACAGUUAUGGGAGCAAUGAAUAUCAUAGACAAGAUUGUCAAUGCCUGA